AUGUCGGUCCGGCGUAGGCAGCAUGCUUACAGCGAGUCCGAUAUUGGCUCAUCCUCCGCGAUUCUCCAGAUCGAUGCACACCUCAAUACUCGUGGUCAGGGCCGCAACACUCCAAACCGCAUUACUCGACCUGUUCACCCGCGUAUGACCACAUUCGGCCCGCAAACACUCGCCGAAUUCGUACGGAACCAGAUCAACGAAGACCGGCCAGUCUCCUCGCAGGAUAAAGGCAAAGGCAGAGCUAAGGCCACGGGAAACAAAACCACAAAUGCGUCUAGGGUCUCAGCGCGAGAUCAGACUGACGGUGCUUCUAGCGGAGGUCUCGACAUCCAGGAGUUACUAGCCAGAGAUGCCAUGGCACGAGAGAGCAUAAAGCCCGCCCGGGUAGGCCUGGCUCCCAACGCUCUACAAAAUUUGCGCGGCAAGCCGAGCGCUGCCGACCCUCCUACUCAUACGGACCCGUUUGCCUUACUGAAGGAGGAUACACCCAAGAAGCGCCGCAGCCAGCGCUUGAGUCGACGUAAGGGCUACGCUAUAGACAAGACCGAGCCAGAGAACAACAAGCCCGAGCCCAAGACAGAACUGAAGCCUGAGCCCAACGAUACGACCUUGGAGGCAAACAACGAUACUCUCGGGGGGACUUCGUGGGGAACUCCCGCAGCAAACCGACCCCGGGUGACGGGAGUCCCUAUAGUACGGACCUCUGUAAGUACGGUCACACAGAGUCCGCCCCGGUUUCGACGGCGGAGAGGCGGCAGUGGCUCCGGUCCACCUGCAUCGACUUCUCCAGCAUCCAGCAUCCACCUUUCUCGCGUUUCAGGAUCCAGGAAUCACGACCAUGGCCGCUACACCUCCAUGUACAGCAGAUUGAGUCGGGGCCGAAGUCAAUCCGCGACAGACGCUCUGAUGGAGAAGCUUCUUGACUCUGAUCAGGAUUUGCUCAGCCAGGAGUCCUCUGAAGGAAAAGUUGUUCAGCACCCUGCUCCGACAUCCGUUGUCGAUUAUGACUACGGUCAAAUUGUACCCACCGCGACUCCCGACAUCGUUGUCACAGACCAUAAUCCGCAGUCGCCUGUCAAGCGCAAGCGUCCAACCGCAAACCGAAUCGCUGACCGAGUCGCUGACCAAAUCGCUGCCCGAAUCGCUGUUGCCUCCGGAGCGGCCCCUGAUGACGACGACGAUGAUGAAUCUUCCGAUUCCGAUUUCGACGAUUUUGAUAUUCCUUUUAGCGAUUUUGGUAGCCCCGGCAGCGACAGCCCUUUCACCACUGGCAGCGCCAACACGAAGAAAUUGUCGAUAUCUAAUGAUAUGUCUAGUAGGCCGUGGCAUGGGAGCGGGCCACCAGUUGCUCCGGGCGCUCCACCACAAUGUCGUCUGCCAGCAGAUGCCAACUAUUCCAUGCCUCAGCUGCCAUCGGAUAUCUGGAUAGCUGUGACUGCGUAUCUGCCUUGA